AUGAAUUCCUACAAAUAUAAUAUCAGUUCAACUUCCUCUUCUUCUUCCGAUGAUUCAGAAGAGGAAAUGAGGGAUAUGGAGAACAAAGAAGUAGAUGACAUGAUCGACAAUGUCACUCAUACUUAUCUCCCAAUCCUUGUGUCAGCGGUCACUCCUAGAAUGAGACCAGGUGGACGUACUCGACCUCGGGCUGAUAGGGGUCGAGAAGAAGGUGAUUUAAGAUUAUACAAUGACUAUUUUGCAGAAAAUCCCGUUUACUCAAGUAGGUUGUUUCGACGUAGAUUUCGUAUGCAAAAGCAUGUUUUUGAGCGUAUCAUGAAUGAAGUUGUGAGGAACGACGACUGGUUCGAACAAAAGAGGGAUUGCACCGGUCGUUUUGGCUUGUCGCCGUUGCAAAAGUGUACCGCAGCAAUACGACAAUUAGCUUAUGGGUGUGCUUCUGACGCUUGCGAUGAGUACAUACGUAUUAGUGAUAGUACGGCAAGAUUGGCACUUCAGCGAUUCGUUGACGGCGUCAUUAACCAAUUUAGUAAUGUGUACUUAAGACGACCGAAUGAAGCCGAUCUGAGGAGGCUGUUACGAAUUGGAGAAGAACGUGGAUUUCCUGGCAUGAUUGGUAGCAUCGAUUGUAUGCAUUGGGAGUGGAAGAAUUGUCCAACAGCAUGGAGAGGGCAAUAUCAAGGAAGGGCAGGGGUAGCUACACUUGUGCUUGAAGCUGUAGCUGAUAGGGACUUGUGGAUUUGGCAUUCUUUUUUCGGAAUGCCGGGAAGUUGCAACGAUCUGAACGUGCUUCAUAGAUCUCCUGUGUUUCAAGAUGUUUUAGAAGGUCGAGCUCCGGCUGUUAAUUUCGUUAUAAAUGGCCAUCAAUAUAACAAAGGAUAUUACCUUACUGAUGGUAUCUACCCCAAAUGGGCUACUUUUGUGAAGUCCAUAACGAGCCCACAAUCUCAUAAAGAUAGACUCUUUGCAAGACAUCAAGAAGCAGCAAGGAAAGAUGUGGAACGAGCAUUUGGAGUGCUACAAGCUCGAUUUGCUAUUAUUCGGAUGCCAUCCCUUGCUUGGGAUGUGGACAUGCUUCAUAAGAUUAUGUUGGCGUGCAUAAUCAUGCACAACAUGAUAGUUGAAGAUGAACGAGAAACCUACCAAAAUUACAUGGAUCCAGCAGAGUUUGACGUAGGCGGGUCUCGACAUCGUUCUGCUCAGAGAAACAACGAAGAGCAAGAAGGUCGUUUUGAAUAUCAUAACGAUCGAAUUGUCGACAUCAACACGUAUUUGCAGCACAAAGCAGAAAUCGAAGAUCAACAAACUCAUUUAUCAUUGAAAAACGAUUUGAUCGAACAUAUAUGGGCAAAGUUCGGUACGAACGGAAACUAA